CCACAACCACAACCACAACCACAACCACAGCCAACCAUCCACUACGACGUAACCAACUACCACAACCGCCGAGGCGAUGAACAUGAACAAACACCGAAAGUCCCCAAAGUACCUUUUGAGCGGCGAAAAAAGGGCCAUCGAGCCAAGCUUCUCUGCCCCCGUCUGGAUCGGCCAAUCACCCCCGAACCCAACCUGCCCUCCCCCGGUCUGGAAUGAUGGAAUAUAGCAUCAUGGGUGGCUUGCUCCUCGGAUCGUCUCUCUCGCACAGGAAAGAAAAAGGAACAUCACGGCCUGGUGGAUGCUCAGUCUUCGAAAAGCAUAAUCCCAUCCAUCUCCCUCCCUCUCCCUCUCUCUCUCCCUCGCGUCUCCCCCCGUUGCUUUUUCCUCGCUCAUGCAACCUUGCUUUUCCCCCCUUGGUCUUCUGCUUCUUUUUUUUUGCAAAACACCCCCAAAAAAGCAACAAAAAAGCAAAUCAGAGUUGCAAAAAAAAAAGAAGAAGAAGAAGAAGAAGAAGAAGAAGAAGAAGAAGAAGAGGAGGACAAGAAGAGAUCGAAGGGAGGAGAGGCGCAGAGGUUAGUGAUAGUGUCAGUAUUUCUAGAUGGACCGCGAAGGAAACGAACCGACCAGACCAGACGACAAGACGAGAGACAAGACGAGAGAGACGGAGAGAGGGAGUGAGACGCUGCCUAGAGAGAGAAGAGAGGACGGAGCUCCGUGAAAAUGACAUAGCUGUGGCCCCACCGGUUGCUUUUCUUUUCUUCUUCUUCUCUUCUUUUCUUCUUUUUCUUUUCUUUUCUUUUCCCGCUCUGCUGCUGCUGCUAUCGUCAUUAUAGUUAAUUUCGGACUCGCUGAGAACUGUUGUUCUUCUUGUUGAUUGAUAUUUAUUCGGUCUCUCCUCCUGCUGCUUGCCGGGCCUGCAUCUCAUUCCCUCCCAAUCAACCCCACGGGCACCGGGCCAGACGAUACCAUCCCUGACCAGGAUCCUGCAAAGAAGGACAUAUACUAUACUAGAUACCGUCCGGGAAGCGGUUCCUUACAAAUAUAUAUCUAUCUUCAAUCGUCUUUUCUUCUCCUUUUUUAAUUUUUUUUUUUUAUUAUUUUAUUUUUUUAUUUUUUUGGUUUAAUUUUAUAUUUUAUAUUCUUAUUUUUAAGCUCUUUUUCUCUUCCUCCAUUUCUUCCUUACUUCCCUUCCCCCCUACCUUUCUAGCUUUUCUACGUCUUCGUUUCUCUCCUCUCCCUUAAGAGAAACUGAUCGUCACCACCUUCGACAGGGGAAAGGGUAAGAAAGGCGUGAGUGUGUGUGUGAGUGUGUGUGUGUGCGUGUGCAUGUCGAGCAGAGAAAAGGACGGAGUAACAAGCUGUUGUCGUUUUAUAAACUACCAAACCGGCUGCUUCGGUUGGAUGUACCUGUGAGCCAACAAACAACAACUCCCCUCCCCCCCCCUGGCUCGCCCUUUCACCACCCCCUACCAAAACAGACAGCAUCUCCUCCAGCUGCUGCUGCUGCUUCAUCAACCGUCUCGACCUCUCGACCCUCUCUGCGUCUCCAUCGCCUCUCUUCUAUCUAGAGCUAGACCCUCUUUAUCCUCGUGGUUUCUCGCCAUCCCGGCUCUUACUUGCGCCCUGCUAAGAGAAAGAGAAAGAGGCAAAAAAGAAAAGGCUGCGAUUUAUCUACCAGCCGCUUUUUCCGGAUUGCUCUCUCUCUCUCUCUCUCUCUAAAUCCUCGUUCUUCAGUUCUUCAUUGAGGUCGGUUUACAUUUUUUCUCAUCUGGUUGCUUGCAAAAAACGAAACGGACAAGGAGACUCCCGAAUGUAGUAUACCAACAACUCUUCAUACUUCUCUUCUCCCCUUUCCUGCCUCUUUUUUUUCUUUCUGUCUUUCUUUUUCUCAUCAAUCUAUACCCCCAUCACCUACACCAUAACUUGAAUAGUCUUAAUCCCCCGGAUUGACUCAGUGGUCGAGCUUGGUUGGGUGGCUGUUGUUUUCUUUUACCCCUAUUUUAUAUCAUUCUCUACGCCCAGGAGGUCUUUUUUUCUUUCUAUCUUCUCUUCUUCUCCUUUCUCUCCCUGAAGUCGACCG